CACUUCAGGGAUUGAGAAAACAAGCAUAAGCAGUUUUCUCCUUAAUUCUGACUCACUUUGUUCUUUGUCUUUCUAUCUAUCCAUCUUCUCAGCUUGAAGCCAUGGCUGAGAAUCAUGCAACUAAUGGAAACCAUGUUCUCAAUGUUGAACAUGACAGUCCUUCCAAAACCAACCAAGAAUCAAGCAGCAGCUUUCUCUGUGUACCCUUUAUGCAGAAGGUCAUUGCUGAGGUGUUGGGGACAUAUUUCUUGAUAUUUGCUGGUUGUGGGGCAGUGGUGGUGAAUUUGAACACAGACAAAACAGUGUCGUUUCCGGGGAUUGCAAUUGUUUGGGGACUUGUUGUGAUGGUCAUGAUUUACUCUGUUGGUCACAUCUCCGGUGCCCAUUUCAAUCCUGCUGUCACUAUUGCUUUUGCUACUACUAAGAGGUUUCCAUGGAAACAGGUACCCCCUUAUGUUGUUGCUCAAGUCCUUGGAUCAACGCUCGCAAGUGGUACCCUUAGGCUUAUAUUUAACAACCAUCAAGACCACUUUGCAGGAACAAGUCCUAAGGGAACUCCUCUGCAGUCUUUCGUGAUUGAGUUCAUCAUCACAUUUUACCUCAUGUUUGUUGUUUCUGGUGUGGCCACUGAUAACAGAGCGAUUGGAGAGCUGGCAGGGCUUGCAGUUGGCUCCACUGUUCUUCUGAAUGUGAUGUUUGCAGGGCCAAUUUCAGGAGCAUCAAUGAACCCAGCAAGAAGCUUAGGCCCUGCAAUAGUGUCAAGCCAUUACAAAAACCUGUGGAUUUACCUUGUGGCACCAACUCUUGGAGCUGUAUGUGGUGCCUUGGUGUACAAUGUUAUCAGAUUUACGGAUAAGCCACUGCGAGAGCUCACCAAGAGUGGAUCUUUCUUGAAAGGCGCUGGCCGCACCUGAUGCCGCACCUGAUUGAUGAAAAUAGAAGAAGAGGGAAUUGCUAUAUACAUACAAGACAUUCCCUAACUAUGUAUCUAGUUUAUACUAAAUUGUGGAUUAGAGAGAAGAGAGGUAAGGAUCAAAGACCCUGUAUGCACCAAAGUGUGUUGAUAAGGCUAAAAAGGGAAAAAAUGAACUCAUGUUUGAAUGUUACCA